UCUGCAUCAAACCAGAGGUGGAAAAAAAGCCCUAAACAACUAUUUUUCAGCGUAGCUCUCUCUUCACUCAGGUACAGAAACUCAUUUUGUGGCAGAAACUGAACUAAGGACAUGGCCAGUUCCCUGGAGAAAGCUGUGGCCCAGAAGAAGGGGAUCAUUGAGGCAGUGAUUGACAUGCUUGAGAAGGGAACUGAGGUGCUGGCGAGCAACGUGGGUGACCUCUCCCCCUUUUGUGAGGUCACUUUUCCAGUUGUCAAACUGGCCUUGGGCAAAGUUCAAAGCCAAGAGGUGUUAUAUGUUAAAGAACAGUUCCUUAUAGUGAAGAACAAGCUGGAUCUUCUCUCCAGCCAGCAGACAGACAUCAACAUUGAGCUCAAGAAGGCAAACCUUGAUUCCCAGUACUUCUCUGUGGAGGAGAACAUUAGGAACCAAUUUCGGAAGUUUGUGGACUUCUUGGAGGCACAAGAGCAGUUCAGAGAAGUUAAAAAAGAUAUUUUUCUGAAACACUUUUCUAAAAGUGGAGGCGAAAAGAACCUGUGGACUCUCCAUAAUGCUGUGAUGGGAACUUCAAUUUUGGAGGUUGUAGAAAGGUACGUUGCGAGGAACCGGCGUCUCCUGGAGGAUUACUGUGCUCGGCUGAAGGAGCUCAUUUGCUUGGGGUUGAUCGCCCUGAUGGGACACUGCGCUCUAACCGCAGAGAGCGAGGAGGAGCAGGAGCAGGAAGUCAUGCAAGAGUGGAGACCAAAGAUUGAAGAGAUAGAAUACAAGAUGAAGUCGGUCAUUGAGUCCUGCAUCGCUGCUUUCCCAGAGCAGGCUCAGUUGGAUGUCAAACGUCUGCUGCAGGAAAAGGAAGAAGGAAAUCUUCAGCUCGUGGCACAGGAGCUUCUGGAAUUCUUGGUGAAAAAGUUCGACUGGGUCUACUGGUCCGUGCGUCUCAUUAAACAUCCUGACGGCUUCUUCAAAAAGCACUCUGUAGGGAAGCCCUUUCACCACGUGGCAGGACAGACGCAAUUUGAGGUUGUCCAGGAGAACAUCAGCCUGGUGGUGUCGUACAGCACCAAUCCCAAGCCUGUGCCACGAGACGUCAUCCAGCAGCUGAUGGAGGGUCAGGGGAAGAAGGGGAGCCCCCCCGCGGUGGUGGAGAUGCUGGAGAAGCAGCUGUGCGGCUUCAUCAUUCAUGUGGUCAAUAGUCAAAGCAAGCCUGAAUGUGUCUGGAGUUUUCCAGAAGACUGUCACUACUGGGAGAAGCACAAGAACGGGGUUGUGUGUGUGCACUCUGAGUGAGUCAUCGGCAAGAAAUGACCUUCUGAUACAUGCAAGAAGUAGUUUGACGUGUAUUUAAACUGAUAGGAAGAUGAAAUAUACAGAACAACAGCUAUUUAUCCUCUGUCCCUAAACAACCAACGUAUGGCCUUUAAAAUGAGUGAAACUUUAGCUGUAAAGAUACAUUUCUCAUGGAAAAACUAUGCAGGUUUGAGGAUUGUUGAUAUUUCAGUUUGAAAACCAAAGACUGUUUUUUUUUUAAGAUCGUUUUGGUUUUCCUUUUAUUCAGUCAUUUCAAUUUCAAUUUUAAAAAUGUUUUAUUUCAAAUCAAAACAACAAUUCCAUAAAAUAAAAUAAGUCAAAACAAGAAUUUGAAAAUUAGAUUUUCCUUCAGGCUUUUGUUUUAUCACGACAUUUAUACGUUUGAGAAAACCAGGUUAAUAAAUAUUAAUGCUAAAGUUCAAGAUAAAACUACUUUUUAGCCGAUUCAGCAAUGAAUUCUGAACAGCUAUAAAUCAAAUAAAAGCAUUUUUUAUUCAUCAGAGAACAGAUUACAUCGAUGUUCAAACUCAGACAUUUGACUGUUCAGUGAAGAAGCUCAUUUACGACAUGAUGCUGCUGCAGGUUUAAGAUCAGUUAGGCAAGGAUCGUUGUUACUAUGGCUACGACGGUGCAGCAUCUUGUUUUCCCCCUCAAUGUCUCAGGGCAGGGUUUUGGUCUGUGGUGUUUGCCUUCGUUUUGCGCCGACACAGAUUUCUAGCUGCUGCAGAGCUGAUUGUCUCCUUUGUUUUUCCUUCAACGAUGCUCUGUAGGUGAAAGAUCUAGACUCUAGAAUCUAUUAAUAGCUGCAGCACAGAAGACCUCGCCUGAAACAGACCUGAGCAGAUGUUGCUUUAACCCUGUAAAAUCCACCACAUCAAAGAAAAUGUUGAAGUUAAGACGUUUUUAAAACUCUUUGAAGAAAUCCACACAAAAAAAUCUAUACAUUUCUUUUAAUGUGAUAUAGAUAGUAACAAUUAUGAUCCUUUGGGUGAUUUGCUAAGUCUUAGUUCACAAAAAUGUUAAGGAUGCUGUAACUGUAUUAUGAAGAAUUAUCAACAUUUUGCAUUAUUUCAAUACAGCAAGUAGUCAUUUAAAAAAUGAAUAACAAUGAGAUUUUCUCACCAAUAACCUUUGAAAAAUAGCUAAACUUCUACUUUAAUGAGUAGAAAAGCCUGACUACUGCCUCUAGUGGAAUGAUUAUGUACUACAGGGAGGAAAACAUGGACCAAGCUCUAUCCCGAUAGGUUUUUAGAGGAAGUUUAGAUCCAAUAAGCUAGGGGUCUCAGAAAUGCACCCUGUGUUAAAAGCCCAUCUAGGGAAAAGAGCUGUAAAUUAGUUUCUGCCAUAAGCAGUAUGGUAUGGGCAUGGGACCACUGCUUUGCUGUAUGUUUCUGUUUUUAUAUCUGUCCCUGUUCAAAUACAUUCAUUCAUUCAUUUAUUCACGUAUCAAAAAUGGAAUGAAUGGCUAUAUAGAGUUAAAACCAUGCUAUAUCUUCUCCAGCAUGCAUAAUAAAUGCACUCAUCACCCCCCAUGUUAUCAAAUAUGUCGUUUUUGAAUUGAACGCUGAGACCAGGCUGGAAGAUUCUCGCCCCUCUUCAGGCUGGAGGACACCAAGAUCAAAGUUGAUCACAUUUACUGUCUGGAUGAAUGAAAACACCAGAAACUGUUUAAAGUCAGGUAUCAUAAAAGGUUACUGUUACGAUGCUGCUUUUAUGUUUUUGUUCUUCCAUUUUACCUUAUGCUUUAGUGAAACAUUUACUAACGACUGCCUGUCACCAUAUAACUAUAGUGGUGGUUUAGAGAUGAUCCAUUAGUAUGAAAGUGUUUAACUGAUGUGUCAUGAGAAGCUUCUGCACCUCCUGCUCCAAAAAGAAGGUUCUGCUGGUUCUGAAGAUCUGUGUAAGAAUGCCUCCAUGAUUCCAAACCUUCAUGUUUGUGGACUGUGAUGUACGAUCUACAACUGUGCAUUAAAGUAACAAGUAUAAAAGGAA